AUGGCCAUGUCCGAGGAGGAGGAGGGUACUGCACCAGCCACUCCGGAGAAAUCGGAGAAGAAGGAGGAAGGUUUUGACUUCAACAUUCUGGUCACUGCGUUCUGGGUGAGCCUGAUUAUCUACUCCUUCGGCUCCAGUGUCAUCGGAGUGACGCAGGGCCGAAUCCAGGACAGGACAGGUGGCGAUUUCACCCUGUAUGACUUCUUUGACAAUAUCUUUUCCUUUUCUGAGUGGAACUGGGAAUACUCCUUGGGCUUCGAUCCCUUCAAGCUCUUUGAUGGUCUUAAAAACGGUAGCGCAUCGUCGACGCCACCGUCUGCAUGA